AUGAAUACCAACUCAAGGGAAUUCAAACGAGAUGCACAGAGCGUCCAGGCCUGGUUAGUCGGCAACGGGGUGGCUUCCCUAGCUGCCGCUCUUUACCUGAUUAGGGAAGGCAACAUUCCCGGUUCAAACAUCCAUAUUCUUGAUCUUCACCCGGGCUUUGAAGGAGAAAUGGCUACACUUGGGGAUGCAGAGAGCGGGUUCUUUUUGCCAUACCAAUGCCUGCCUCAUUUCCACGGUGCUUGCAUCGAGAGCCUUUUGCGCCUCGUGCCUAGCAUCCUGGAUCCCGACAUGUCACGACUGGACGACAUUCGCGAGUUCGAUAGACUGCAGCAGUCACAACCAGAAGCUGACAGGGCACUGGGAGCAAUAAAAUUAAAAGCAUCAGCUUCAGAAACUGUGUACACAGCAGGGUUCCAAGUUGGACUAAAGCAUCGAUUCGAGCUAGUCAAGCUCCUCCUAGAAAGUGAGAUAACAUUAGCUUCAAAGAAAAUCAAUGACGCUUUCGAUGAGUCAUUCUUCGAGACAGGUUUCUGGGUGUACUGGUCUACGACAUUUGCAUUCCAGCCAUGGCAUAGUUUGAGUGAGUUUCAAAGACAUCUUCGCAAAUACUUAGAAGAUAUCCGGUCCCUCAAACAUGUCAGUGGGUCCAUCAAGACCAGAUAUAACCUAUUCCACUCUAUCGUCCUCCCGAUCAUUGCUUAUCUGAGGGACAGAAACGUUGACUUUCGCUUCAACAUCGAGGUGUCAGAUAUAAGAUUCUAUCCGGAGAGCGACCCAGCAACAGUCUUUGAGAUAGCAUUGGUGAAGGAUGGAGAGGAAUGUCUGGUUUCGCUGGACCCUGACGAUAUUUGCUUGGUUGACCUAGGUUUUUCACGCUCCGGUGCGGUUUAUGGUACGAAUGUGGCCUCCCCACCAUUCUUGUCCUCCAACUGGGAGGAUCUCCUGAUGCGUGAAUGGAGAUUAUGGCAAGGGCUUUCUCGCAAGUCCUCUAAAUUUGGGAACCCAGUUAACUUUCUUUCGCGGGCUCUGGAAUCUGGGAUUGAGACCUUCACCACAACGGUACAGGGAACAGAUUUCAUGCGGCUAUAUGACAAGCUCACCUAUGAGCCAGCCGGAACCAGUGAUACACUGUCCCUGACAGACAGCAAUUGGUUAAUAACGAUCAGCGUCCCACACCAUCCGGUGUUUCCGUCCCAGCCAGCUGACAGACAUAUCGUUUGUGGAUACGCACUGAGCCCUGCGAGGGAGGGCAACUUCGUGAAGAAACCCAUGUUUGCUUGCUCUGGUACGGAGGUUUUUACCGAGGUUCUUUCCCAUCUGGGCUUCCCAUUACAGCCCAUACUCGCCAAGUCAAUUACUAUCCCUUGUGGGAUGCCGCUGGGAACUGCCCCUUUCCUGACACGCAGUAACCACGAUCGUCCAAAGGUGAUCCCUCAUGUGACCACGAACAUUGCAUGCCUUGGUCAAUUUACAGAGCUUCCAGACGAAACUACGUUGAGUAUUGAGUACAGUGUACGAAGUGCUCAGCAGGCCGUCUAUACGCUAUUAGACCUCCCACGAUCACCACCAAGGGUAAAGAAAAAUAUACUCUGGGAGAUCUUCGAUAUACUUGUGUAA